CUUUUUUAAAAAACCUCACUCAUAUAUAAGGUCUUCCAAGAUGAGCUUAUUUUUAUUCAAAUAGGAGUCUUUGAACCAAGAACAAGAUGGUGCAAAUCAAGUUUCUAUAUUUUCUGUUUGCCGUAUUGGCACUCGUUGUCCUGGGCGGCAACGUAGCCAAGGCUGAUUGCCGUUCCGAAAAAUACACAGGCCCUUGCGCUGGCUAUAAUAAUGGUCUGUGCAUGCGGCUCUGCAGGGAGGAAGGACGGAAAGCUGGAUACUGCAGUCCCAAACUCGCGUGCUGGUGCGAAGGAUGCUAAAAUUGAACUUUCAAAUUGCACGUUAAUAAUUAAAAAUACAUCCAUAGAGAACGUUGUAAAAUAUAUUAAAUACACGCCUCAUCACGAAAAAAUACAUCAAUAAAUACAUCACGAUUUUGAUACAGAA